AUGGAGUCUAAAGGUUCCACUGCGUCGCUCAAGGCGAUGCCUUCAAUCGAUGCUGCAAACGGAAACACAAAUGGAGAAAUUUCGGGACGAGGCCCGUGCAUGCGCGGUGUUUUGGCACAGCCGUGCCGAGGGCAUCCCAACGUUUUGCUCUUCGCCUCGUAUGCCGACGGCAACGAAUGCGCGUUGCUGUUCGUCUCGGGUCUCACAGAAGGAAUGAUGUCCCACGGCUGGCUGCCCUCCCUCGCGCAAGCAGUCGAUCGCCUUGGCUUCGCUACCAUUCAGGUCAACCUGUCCUCCUCCUUCGGGUCAUGCGGCAUGUCCACGCUUCAGCAAGACGCCCGUGAAUUGGAAGUCGUUGUGCGCUACCUGAGGAAGGAAAUGCGCAUGAAGAAGGUCGUGAUGGCGGGUCACUCCACAGGCGCACAGGACAUUGUCAGCUAUCUCCGGCACGUGAAUGCGAGCCAAGAUCCGCAGUCGAAAAUCGACGGCGCCAUCCUCCUCUCGGCUAUUAGCGACAGAGAGGCCUUCUCGCUGCUCAGCGGCGCCACCACGAAACAUCUUGUGGAGGAGGCGAUGCGACUCGUGGAGAAAGGCGAACCAGAUGGAGUUUUGCCGGAGCGCGUUAUGGGCUGCCACUUCACGGCAAAGAGGUUGCUAAGUUUGACUCAGCGACUCGGAGACGAUGAUAUGUUCUCUACGGACCUCACAGAGGAGGAGUUGUCGCAGAUCCUGGCGCCUCUCGACGUCCCGUGCCUCUUCAUUUACGGGGAACAGGACGAAUACGUUCCUGACAUGAAGAAGCUGGAGCAGUUCACCGAAACCAUGCUUUCCGUUGUGAAAAAACGAGCACCCCGGGCGGAAAUCGUAUUCCUACCAGGAAAUCAUGGCUUUGCAGCAGAAUGCGACUCGACGGCAAUGAUUGCGACGGCCUGCACAUUUCUGGAGAGCUUUGCUGCGUAG